AUGGUAGGUCUGGCGCUUGCCGCGAUGUGCUGUGGCGCGGUGGUAGCCAGGUCUCCAUGUGUUUGCCCCCGGCAUCCGAAUCCGGUCUGCGGCUCCGACGGGCAGACCUACGGGAGCGCGUGCUUCCUGCAGUGCGCGCGAUCUCAUAACCCGGACCUCACUGUGGCCAGCGAGGGCCCUUGCGAGCCACCAACCGCCGACCCCGCCGACGAAGAGUUCGCUCGACCCCCUUUCGAUAUUAGGCAAGAGGCGACCUCCUGCAGUUGCCCUCGCAAGGCCCAACCCGUUUGCGGAAGCGACGACAACACUUACCACAACCCGUGCAUGCUGGACUGCGCUCGGAGCGGGAAUUCUUCGUUGUACAUGAAUAAAGACGGCCCCUGUGACAGGAAUCACGUUAUGCAAUGCUUGCACGAACACGACAAGAAGCUUCGAAUUGAUAUCAGCCUUAGC